AUGACGAGUUUAAGUGAAAACGACUCAAAGAAUGAGAUUAACAUUGAUUCAAAGCAAUGUCCUAUUGAAAAUGAACAUUCAUCAUUAAAUAAUAAUGAUUCAUUAUUAAUAACAACAGUUAUACAAAAGUCAUCAGAUAAUGAUCAAAAACAAGAAGAACUCAAUGAAAAGGGACAAAGUAAUGAUUUAACGUCUGAAAUUGAAGAGACUGAUAUAACUAAUGAAAUUAAUAACAAUGAUGCUUUAGUAAAUACUAGUCCGCCAAUAGUAACUACCAAUGAAGAACAAAAACAACAAGAAAAAGAGGCAACACAAUCAACAGUUAAUCAUGAUGAACAUGAACAUGGAUCAAGAAAAUUAUUUAAUUCAAAAUUUAAAUAUUCAUCUAUGCCAUAUCAUCGAUCAUCAUAUUAUACAAAUGGUCAUCCAUAUGGGCCAGCGCCCUAUUAUUAUUAUUCAAUACCACCAUCAUUAUUUGAAAAACCAACACCAUUAAUGUUUAUUCCAACAUUACAACCAUCAUCAUCAUCAUCAUCAUCAUCACCAUCAUCAUCACGAGAUAAUCAAAAUGGUAAUUCAACAACAAUAUCUCCUCAAAAUUUACCACCACGUUUAAGACAAACAUCAAUAACUGAGAAUGAAUCAAAUUUACAAGUAUCAUCAACAACAUUACCAUCGACAUCAUCAUCAUCAUUAACAACAACAAAUGGUCGUCGUCAUCAUCAUUAUCGUAGUAUAUUACCACGUGGUAGUAGUAAUUAUUAUUCUUCACAUCUACCGCCACCAUUAAUGGCGACACCACCCGGUGUUCUUUAUACUUAUCCACCUACCGUCCAUCAACCAGGUCAUAUUGCAUAUAAUAUUCGUCCAGUAGAUGAAUUUGAAUAUCUUGCUUUUCAACAACAAAUGAUGAAUCUACCACCAACACCACUUCUUUGGCCACCACCACCACCACCAUCAACACCUAUAACAUCACAUGGUCAUCCUUAUUUUCCAUCAUAUCCAAUAAAUGAACUACCAUCACCAUCAACAUAUAUGUUAAAUAAUACAACAAUGACUCAAUCAACAAAUUCAUUUUUAAAUCCUGAAGCUGCUGAAUGGAUUCCAUUACAUAAUGAUAAUGAAUUAUCAUCAAGAGAUAAUAAUAAUAAUAUUUUAAUUAAUGAUGAAAUUAAUUUUCCUCCAUUAAAUAGCACUACAAUAAAUAAUAGUCAAACAAUAUCAAAUGUUAAUAAUCAUAUAGAAAAUGAUUCUGAACAAAUAGAUGCUUCAUCUGAAAUACCUUCAACUAACAAUAAUAAUAAUAAUAGCGAUAAUACAAAUGAUAUUUCACAAAUACAAACAGAUAAUUCAAACAUUCUCUCAUCUCAAUCAAAUUCAAAAAUUGAAUCAACAAAUACAUCAACGUCAUCAUCUAGUCAAGAUGAUAAUAAUAAUAAACCUUUAUCAUCAUCUCCAAUUAAAAUAACGCCUAUAACAUAUUCAACAAUAAUUUCUCAAACAUCUGAAAAUAAUAAAACAAAUAAAACUAAUACAAAUACUCAACAACAACAACAACAACGUCGUCAACCUCAACAACAAUCAACAAAUCAUAUUCAUAAUCAAUUACCACCACGAGAUCGAACAACUAAACAACAACAACAACAACGUACACAAAAUAAUAUCUCAUCAACAUCAUUUUCAAAUACAAAUUCUCAUCGACGUCAAUCAUUUAAUAAUAAUCGCAAUAAUAAUCGAAAUAUUCUUUCAUCUGAAACUAAUUCUCUUCCAAAACAACAACAACAACAACAACCGCAAAUAAAUGAUGAUUGGAUUGAAGUAAAAUCUAAAAAAACAAAAAAAUUUGAUCGUGUUAUAAAUGAUAAUUCAUCAGAAAAAUUAAUAUUAGAUGAACAAAUACAUAAAUCUGUAUCACCACCAUUAUCAUUAACAUCAACAGGUGAAAAUACAACAACAACAACAUUUACAUCUGAAGAUGAUUUUGAUGAAAAAGAUCAUAUUAAUAAUGAUCUUGUUAUUAUCAUGGAUAAUCAUGUAACAAAUGAUUAUAAUCAAAUUAUUGUUGAUGAUAUUCAUCGAAGACUUGAUAAUAAUGAACGAUUAUUAAUUAUAAUGAGAGGAUGUCCUGGUUCAGGAAAAUCAACAUUAGCUAAAUCACUUAAUCAUGGUUAUAAUGGUUUAAUACUUUCAGCAGAUGAUUAUUUUACAGAUAAUAAUUUAAAUAAAUAUACAUUCGAUUCAAAUAAAUUAGAUGAUGCACAUCGAUAUACUUGUCGACGAGCAACAGAUGCAUUAAAACGGAACAUAUCACCAAUUAUAAUUGAUAAUACAAAUACACAAACAUGGGAAAUGAAACCAUAUGUUGCAAUGGGUAAAGAAGCUGGUUAUGAUAUUCUUUUAGUCGAACCUCAAACUCCAUGGCGUUAUAAAGCUCGAGAAUUAUUCAAACGAAAUGUUCAUAAUUUACCAAUACGACGUAUAAAAGAAAUGUUAAAUCGUUUUGAACAUAAUAUUACAGUUCAAAGUAUAAUUAAUCAAAUUCCAUCUUUAACAAUAACAAAUAAUUUAACAUCAACUGAACAACAAAAUGUUAAUAAAAAUAAUGAAAUAAUUGAUUCAUUAUUAAUAUCAAAAAAAUUUUAUAAUAUUAUUGAUGAUUCAUUAAUUAUUGAUGAUGUACGUCUUUGUAUAAAUGAUAUGAUUUUAUUUUUAACAUCAAAUUUUUAUCAAACAACAUUAUUAUCAUCAACAUCAAUAUUAACAACAACAACAACAACAGUAACAACAACAUCACAACCUUCAUCACCAUUAUCAGUUUCAUUUCAUGAUUUAUCAUUAAUAUCAACAUCAUCAUCAUCAACAACAACAACAACAACAUCAUUACCACCAACACCUUCAACAUCACAUACACGUUUUCAUCGUCCAUUAACACGUUUUUCUUUUUCUUCAACAACAAAUCAAGAUCAUUCAUUUAAUACUGAACAUAUUUUACGUAUACCAUCAUCAACAUUUUCACGUUGUAUCGAUACAACAAAUUUAACACCACAAUUAUCAACACAAUCAAAUAUUAUUGGAAAAAAACGACGAAAAAAUAAAAAUAAACAACAAUCAAAUGAAAUUUUAUUAAAUGUAAAUAAUAAUAAUAAUAAUAAUAAUAUGGAUAAUGAAGAAGAUAAUCUACAACAACAACCAACUUUUCAUGUUAUUCUUCCUGAAGAAUGUUCAGAUUUUGUUGUUAUUGAUGAAAAUAAUGAUAAUGAUUGGAUUGAUAAUGUUAAUAGAAAUUUUGAUAUACAAAUUAAUUCUCUAAAGAAUCAUUCAUCAACAUUAUCUCAUCAACAAAAACAAUUAACUAAUUCUAAAAAUUGUGAAUUAUUAAAUAUUAUUCAUAAUGAAUUAAAUAAACCUUUACAUAAUUCAUUUCUAUUAACAAAACAUAUUGGUAUACAAUGUUCAUCGAAUGAUUUUAAUUCUCAAAUAAAUCAUUCCGAUCGAAUAUUAAUUGGUCAUUUAUCAUCUAUUUCUACUCAAUUUAUAAUAACAUCAUCAUUAUCACCACUACCUGGUUAUAAUGAAUGUGGUAUACAAGUUGAUUUAAUUGAUAAUAAUAUUGAUUUAUUAAUUGAUAUUUAUUCAAAUCAUUUAUCAAUUGAAACUAUACAACAAUUUUAUGAAAUUUGUCAUUUUGAUAUUCAAUGGACACGAACACAAAUUGAUGAAUAUCUUCAAAAUAAUAAUAUACAACAAACAAAUAUUUUAACACUUCAACAAUUAUGUUUAAAUGUAUUAAAUCAAUGGAAUGAACAAAUUAAAUCUAUAAAUCCAUUAGUUGAUACAAAAUCAAUUGAUGAUUUACUUCAAGAUAUAAAUGAUGAUGAAAUAUUUGAAGAAUUAACAUUAAAUAAUACUAAUAUUGAAUAUAUUGAUAUAAAUCAAAUAAAUAUUCCUUUAACAAUGAUAAAUUCAUUAGAAGAAUUAUAUGGUGAAUUACCAAAUAAAUCUAUAAUAUUAUCGAAUAAUAAUAAUAUAUUAUUACCAUUAGAUAAUAAUUUAUCAAUAAAUAUUUAUCAAGCAUUACAAAGAUUUUUAAUCAAAUCAAAUAAAAUAAAAAAACCGGUGAUUGAAAAUCAAAUAAAAAAAAAGAAAAAUUCUAUUCAACAAUGGAAAUUAUCAUCAGAUAAUCAAUUAAAUUCUGAUAUAAAUACAAAUCAUAUACCAUCACUUAAACAAAUUAUGAAUGAAGAACAACAACAACAACAAGUAGUUAAAUCUCAAAAAUCAAAACAGAAAUGCCAACUUGAUUAUGCUACUGAAUUUAAAUUAAAAGAACUCGAACGUCAUUUUCCUACAUUAGAUUCUGAUCUACUCUAUGAUAUAUUUCAUGAAAAUGAAUAUAAUUAUGAAAUUACACUUGUUUGUAUAUCAAAAAUGUUUGAUGAAAAUACUUCAAUAACAAAUCUACAUAAAUCUUCGUCGAUAAUAUCGACAAAUUCUAUAUCAACAAGUAAAAAACCAAUUGAACCUGUUCUUGAAUCUUAUGAAAAUUUACGACGAAAUGUUUUUCAUCAUGCACAACAACGUAAAGAAUUUUAUAUAAAAGCUCAACAAGCAAAUCAUCAUGGAAUGUCUUGUGUUGCAUCAUUUUAUAUUCAUCGUGCUAGUGAAGAAACUCAAUUAAUGAAAAAUGCUAAUCGAAUUGCAUAUGAACGUUUAUUAUGUUGGAAACUUGAACAAUAUCAUCAAACAAAACGAAUUGAUCUUCAUGGUUUGCAUUUAACUGAAGCAUUAAAUUUAUUUAAACAAAUUGAACAAGAAUUUAAUGAAGAAAAUCAACGAACAACUCCAAAAUCUAUUGAAAUUAUAACAGAUUAUGGAAAAAAUUCUAUUUAUGGUGGUGGUCAUGGAAAAAUACAUUCAGCUAUUCUUGCUUAUUUACAACAACAAAAUUAUAAAUACUCAGAGCCAAACAAAGGUGUAAUUCUAUUGCAAUUAACAAAUGUACGAAAUUGA